AUGAACGUAAUGCAAAAUGAUCUCUUUCGACCAGCUAAAGAACGAAACGAAGCGAGAUUACAAAGAGAAUUGGACUUGCCGCCCAUUUUAUCGAGACAUUACUUAGAUUUUAAUUUCGGAAGAAAGCAACAGACGAAUUGGAGACCAGCGAGUCCCAACUGUUCAAAAAGUUCAAAUUAUCAAAACCGGAAUAUACGUAUAUUCUAUGCUUAUGUUACAUGUACUCGUAGAUCUGGAACGAAAACGAAUACAGGUCCUGGUUCCAGCACACUCGAUUCCGGUAGCGGCAUCGUUCUCGCAAUAACAACUGGUCGUGGAGAAGCAAGAUUCGAAGUAGGAAUAGCCGCCCUGAACGUUCGAUGUCCACAUUUGAUUCUUUGUCAAAUCAGCGACUCUCAAACUUAUACAAACGCCUUGAGGAAAUUGUACCUGUUCGAUCCGAUAGAGAUCCUGAUGCCGGACACCAUGUGCGAACGUGCGGUGGGUAAAGGAAUCCUUUAUAGGUCGGUAAUGGAGAAAUUUCCAGAGCUGGAAGUAAUACCUAUAUCUCGCGUUCAUUUUAACGACGCGGUUGGAUUAGAACGAGUCAAGUCUCUCUGCAUCGCGGAAUACUCGUCAGUGGAGUUGUACGUUAAACAAAAGUACUACGCAUUGGCUGCAGCUGCAGCUCUGUUGAAAUACGUUGAAUAUACACGACGUGUGGUUUACGUGCCGAAAUCUAUGAAGAUCGAGUUCCAGGGUUCACCAAACUCUACCACGAUAGAUUUAGAAAGCGCGCGAAGUUUGGAGUUAGUUGAAUCCCAAUGUGGACAACGGAACAUGAGCCUCCUCGGUGUUUUGGAUCGUUGUUCAACACCGAUGGGCAGGAAGCUAUUGCGGACUAAUAUUCUUCAACCUCCUUGCGAAGAACGUAUCAUUCUAAGGAGACAGGCAGCCGUCGCCGAAAUAGCGUCUGAUAGUUCACUGAGGGCACUCGUUCAGUCCAUCGUACGGCGGCUCUACGGCGCGGAUAGGCUGCUGGCCCUUGCGACGACGCCCCUUAUACAAGACAAUAGCGUGCAAUGUGCCGAACAGAAUCUGAAUUAUGUUCUGCUGCUAAAAAAUUUGUUGGACGUCGUGCCGGAACUUGCGAGUGUUUUAUCGGCCGUUGAGUGCGACCUACUUCGUACAAUUCGGAAGGUAGACUUAUUAUUCAUUUAUGUAAACUUAAACGCACAGUGGCGUAUAUUGCACAGUGACUUUCAGAAACUGGACAACCCUGAGUUUCAGUCGAUAAGGGAGAGGAUUCUCGAGACGAUACAUCCAGAUGCGAGAUCCGUUACAGGUUAUACGUCGUCGAACAUGCAACGUUGUUUCGCCAUCAAGGCAGGAAUCAAUGACCUGUUGGACAUCGCACGACAAACAUACUGCGAAUUAAUCGACGAUAUGAAAACUAUGGUGGAGAAUCUGUCGGCAAAGUAUCAGUUGAUCUUGUCUUUAAAUUGCAAUGCGUCGUUGGGUUAUCAUGUACAAGUGAUACUACCUAAAAAUGUGAAUCCAGACACUUUUGAACCACCCGCCGAAUUCAUCGAGGUACGGAAGAAUAAGCGAUCGUGUACGAUGACCACUACGGUGCUGGCGACCUUGAGUCAACAAUGUAAAAUCGCGUGCGAAGAACUGCACCUUAUGAGCAACGUGCUCCUCUGUGACUUGCUGCAAAGUAUUCGAGGACACAUCGGUUGUUUAUUCCAACUAAGCGCCGACGUUGCAGAGUUGGAUCUCGUCACUUCCCUCGCUCAAGUCAGUACACUUCAAAUGUAUGCGAGACCAACGUUCGGACCAAGAUUGGAUCUGGUCGAGUCCAGACACCCGGUGAUGGAAGUUUUCGGUGUCGAUGCUCCCACACCCAACGACAUCGUAAACCCCUUCUUCUUUUCUACCGCCUCCGUACCUUACAACUUCUCUAUAAUCUCCGGACCAAACAUGAGCGGCAAAUCGACGUAUCUUAAACAGAUCGUUCUGCUGCACAUAAUGGCGCAGAUUGGAUGCUUUGUGCCAGCGAAGAACGCAAUGUUCCGCAUUACAGACUUCGUCUUUUGUAAAAUAGCUGUUCGGGACGACAUCGAAUGUAACGCUUCUACGUUCACCCUCGAGAUGAAAGAGGCACAGUAUAUUUUACGAUCUGUUACACCGACGUCGUUGGUCGUCCUGGACGAGCUGUGCAAAGGCACCGCGAUCGAAGAGGGCACCUCCAUCGCAUGGGCCAUAUGUGAACAGCUUUUGAACACAACCGCGUUUGUCUUCGCCGCCACUCACUUUUCCUACCUGACAAAAUUACCGGAUUUGUACCGUAACGCGACAAGGUAUACUCUAUCGUAUUCAAACUUGAUGAAACUCCUAUCUUCUGGCAUCUUUUGUAGUUACCACUUUGAAGCGAUAAAGGUGCAAGAUGCAGACGAGGAAAUCGAAUGCAGAUUGACUUAUACACAUCGAUUGAAGCUUGGGGUGACACCUAGCGACGAUUAUGGUAUCGUUUUGGCCGAGUUAACUGGUUUACCGAAGCCGAUUACGGAGAAGGCACGGAAAUACGCUUCUGAGAAACUGACGGUGGAUCGAGCUACAACCGAGUCGAACUCCUGGGAGAAGACAUGUUACGACCUCGUGGCGCAGUUGUACGAACUACUGGAAACGAACAAGUUCGAUCGAGAACGAAUCACCCUGCUUGUCAAACGUUUCAAUGAAAAGAUACCUCGCGUUGAACAAACUUUAGGAAACAAGAAAGAUGCUGUAGGAGUUGAAGCAGAUGUGCACAGAAAAAAGGAAAACCUUUCUAGAAAGCCCAUAUCAGAGACAGCUUAUUCCAAACAAAACUUUGAUGCAAGGAAUCGAUGUACGCAAGAAACUACUCGAGCAAACCCUGACUUUAGAACGGUUUCUCCUUCGUCCAGCACUUCUGGCAUUUCGAUGAACGCAGUUCCGUUAGAGAUCGGAAACCGUGGUAACAGUUCGAUUAGUAUACGUGGAAAAUGUAUGCCACUCGAUCGUACUUUCUCGACAAAUACGUCAUCUUUUUAUUCGGCGAUGGACAAUCGUCUUCGUUUAAAUGAACUAGAAAAACGACCAUCUGUAUCAAGUAAAAUCACGUUUGGAAGUAUGGAUCGCAGCGAAACAACGAGAAGUGAUUUAUCGCUGUCAUCGAUGAACCGAAUGUUACCGAUGCAGACGUCGAUGGAUAGUUCACUGUCAAAAUUAUAUGAUUAUUGUCUAUCGGAUAAUGAUUUCGAACCAUGCAAUGUAUCUCAGAUCACCUCUCUUAUGAGCGAUACGUUGUCUACUGAUGCGUUGAUUGACUCGAACGAACAGACAUAAAUAUUGUAAAAUGAACAUAACCUUUAUGAUUCGAUUUUAUUUAUUUUUGUAAUCUCAUUGUACCUGAUCAGUUAAAUGUGUACUAUGUAAACAAGUAUUAUUUGACAAUAAAUGUAUUUUAAAUUAAAAGAAUUAAUAUU